AUGCAAGCGAGAUCUAGAGAUGGAGGUGGAGGUUGUGUUGCGGCGCUGUGCGAUUGGCGAUUGGGCGUGCCGCCCACAAUGCGCGGCUGCGCGCGUCGCCCAUUGGCUUGUCCCCCGUGCGGGAGCCACUGCGCGCCUGCGUACAACGCCCAAUCACCGCCGCUGCGCCACACACUUGCGCGACACUUGGCGCCACCUACGCCCGCGCUUGUUCCAGCCCCGCCUGCUCGCUCGCAUCUGCACACCCCCCGUUUUUAUUUCCGCUUUUCCACAGCCCGCACAAUGCCCUUCGCCCUCCGCCCUUCCUACUCGCUUGGCACAUGUCCGGCACAUGUCCCCGCGUGCCCGGCAGCAAUUCACAGUGUUCCCCCGCACCCUCUAUCCGUGCCCGCACUAUAUAAGUCUUCCAGCUUUCCCCCACCCCUCGCCUCCACCCCGGUAGCCCAGCCAAACCUCGACUUGCUCCAUCAUGCCGCCAUCGAAAAAAUCUUCCGUCCCCAAACAACCCCCCUCGUCGUCUACAUCGCAACCGCCCUUGCUUCUCUCGUCGCGAAGCGGCCAAAUACGUCGCAUGCGCUCCGUCCUCGACAUGAAACUCGGCCCCAUGGUCGCCCCCUGCCUCUCCGCGUUCCCCGACGUCUCGGUAUCAUCAGAAGAAGAAGGCGCGUCAGAAAAGAUGCCGCCAGACCCCUUCGGCAUCCCCGCACCCGGCGCCGAGAGGGGGGAGUCCACGCGGAGGGACAGCGCUCGCGGGGCCGUCGUCAUCGCGGAGAGUCUCAGCAGGAUUGAUUUGUCGGCUCUGCUUUGCUGAGACGCGCGCGAGGGAAGCGUCGCGCGGAGGGGAUGGUCGUUCUAUCGUGCUUAUUCGUUAUGAUUUGUGUUUGCUUGCCUGCUUGGGGAACGUGGUGUAACGUUAGCUGCUCGUACCUUUUUUCGCAGACGCUAGGUGCGACGGACGGGGGGUUUGUCUUUUUGUAAAUAUUCGAGAGAAGAGUGCACCGUGGGACCACUGCCUACGCUACUCUUUGAUGUAUUCUACCUA